AUGGUGCGAGCGUCCAACCGCCUGUUGGUGUCAGCCGUGCUGGCCGUCGGGGCCUUCACCCUGACGCGCCUCUGCUUCGUGGCGCCGCCGCCUGCCGUGCACCAGCCGUUGCGCCAGAGCCACGUGGCGCUGCAGGCGCGCGGCGGCGGCGAGUACGACGUCAGCGACGCGGACAUUGAUGCCUUCUACAACUCCCUGCUGACGGGAUCGGGCGGUGACCCCCCCAAGGGCACGGUGCUGUCGGAGCUCAUCGUGAAGUUCUUCCACGGCGAUUUCACGCCCCAGGGCUUCAAGCGCUACUCUGGCCUGUGGAAGGGCCCUCCUCCUGGCAACAUCGGCAAGAAGGACAUUGCCAUCGGUGUUGAGAAGCUGAAGGAGCAGAUGGCCAACCCCAUGUUCGUGACCAAGGGCGGCGUGGGCUACGGUGUGGAUGAGACGCAGAAGGUGGUGGACGAUGGCAAGGGCUGGGUCUGGCUGGCAGCCGAGAUGAGCCCGGGAGGCCUCGCCGUGGAGCUCUUCAAGGCCGUGCCCUACGGCAAGCGUGCUGUGCUGGUGGCCAAGCAGAACAACGUGGCGGAGCUCUUCGACAAGGUGAAUUGGGAUACAGCCCUGGGGAACAUCGAGAAGACCUUCGGCGGGCCUCAGAUCAAGCAGCGCUGA